AUGUUUCAGUUUAUAACGUUGAGUAAUUGUCCUCCUGUUGGUGAUGAUGCAAUUAAACAAAGAAAUUUUUUUUGUACAGAAUAUGGUAUGAUGUGGAUGAAUUCGAGUCAAAUAGCACUGUCGCAGGGACAAGGUGGAAAUCAAUCACUCUCAACUGAAAUAUUACAAAUGGAUCCAUCAGCUGUACAACUUGACAAUCCAUACUAUCCAAUGGCAGUGCCGCCAUCAUUCGAAACAAUGCCAGAGCAGCCGAUGGAAAUAGAGGGAUUUUUAAUGAUGCACGAUUAUGAGCCAUCAUUUUGCGAUGAACCUCCCAAAUUUAUAACGGCUGCCACUCAAACUUCCACUACAAAAUGUAGAAAAAUAAAAGCCAUCAAACAUCCAGGAUUAAAAUUACAAACUCCAAUCGCAUAUAAAUGUGAUACAGAUCCUAAUGUUAUACCCAUAGAAAAAGAUGGAAUGGCCAUUUGCGAAAAAUGUGGUGCCAUAGGAGUAAAACAUGCAUUUUACACUAGACAUAGAAAUUAUUGUAGUUUAGCUUGUGCGAGAGGAUCUUUAGGUUUGACAGAUGUUAAAUGCGAACCUGGAUUAGAAGAUGAAAAUUCUCAAACCUCUCAAAAUUCGCAAAAUUCACAAAAUUCUCAAAACGUUCAAGAACACAACAGCUAUCAAUCUUUCAAGUUCGAAGAUGGUGUGGAUUUGGACGAGUCGGAAUUAGUUACAAAAGAACCCAUUCCAAUGUGUUUGGGUCCACCUUCGAUUGAAAAUUUGCCAUCUUUUUCUUGUACAUCACCGGCAUCUAAAUUUCAAUUUCCAAAAUUAGAACUUCCAGAGGAAGAUGCUAUUUGUGCUCCGAAUAAAAAACUAAAACAAGAAUUGGCUGGAUCGUAUAAUUGGAGCGAUCAUUUAUCCGAAUCUAAUUUCGUAGCCGUGCCUGUUUCCUGUUUUAAAAACGUUCCAAUGUCUGAUUCGUGGGAUAACAUAACGAUCGGUAUGAAAGUCGAAGUCGAAAAUAAAGAUUGCGAAGAUUAUUGCGAAGCUUUUCCGGAUUCGUUUUGGGUUGCCACCGUAUUGAAAAUCGCCGGGUACAAAGCACUUCUUCGGUACGAGGGUUUCGAACAAAAUAACGACAAAGAUUUUUGGGUUAAUCUGUGUAGUAACAACGUUCAUCCCGUCGGGUGGUGUGCCACUCGAGGUAAACCCCUCAUCCCUCCUAAAACCAUCGAACACAAAUAUAAAGAUUGGAAAGAGUUUUUAGUGGAAAAACUCACGGGAGCGAGAACGCUCCCAUCUAAUUUUUACACAAAGGUUCAAGAUAGUUUAAAAUCAAGGUUUAGAGUCGGUUUAAAUAUGGAAGUCGUCGAUAAGAAUAAAAUAUCCCAAGUUUGCGUGGCGUCCGUGAAAAGAAUCGUUGGUAAAAGAUUACACGUGGAAUAUUAUAACGCCGAACCGGACGAUAACGGUUUUUGGUGUCACGAAGAUUCUCCAUUGAUACAUCCCGUGGGUUGGGCAUCAAGAGUGGGCCAUUUGAUCGAAGCUCCCGAGGAUUACAUAGAACGAUGCGAAAGUGGGGUCAUAGAAAAAGAUGAUGCGACCGAAGAAUUAUUCACUGCCCCUUUUCAAACAUCCGUUUCGACUCCUCGUGACGCACUUUCGAGUGGUAAAUUCGAAGAGGGUAUGAAAUUGGAAGCCGUCGAUCCGUUAAAUUUAGGGUCCAUAUGCGUAGCGACUGUGAUGAAAGUUUUGAAAGAUAAUUAUCUCAUGAUUAGAAUAGACAGUUAUCCUCCGGAUGCGACGGGUUCGGAUUGGUUUUGUUAUCAUUCUUCGUCACCCUGUAUAUUCCCACCUAGAUUUAGUGAAAAAAAUUCGAUUCCUCUCAUACCACCCAAAGACUACAACAAACCCGUUUUCGAUUGGAACGAUUACAUAGGGGAAACAUCCGCCGUUCUAGCUCCGGAAUCGCUUUUCGAAAAGAUCGUUCCCGAUUACGGUUUCAAAGUCGGUAUGCAUUUGGAAGCUGCGGAUUUGAUGGAUCCGAGAUUGGUUUGCGUGGCGACGGUUGCCAGAGUCGUGGGUCGUUUGUUAAAAAUUCAUUUCGACGGUUGGGAAGAGGAAUACGAUCAGUGGUUGGAUUUCGAAAGUCCCGAUAUUUAUCCCGUCGGAUGGUGUUCGAUGGUGUCGCACAAACUAGAAGGUCCAAGAUCUAUACAAAAACCAUAUCCGAGUAAAAAAAGGCGUAAGAGGAUCAAAACGAAACCAACAAGUAAGAAAAACAACAACAACAACAACCACAAUAACAACAACAACGGUUUAUCCGAUAGUAAGUUAAAAGAAAAUUUACAUCGUAAAAAUCGUUGCCUGACUCUGAAACAAGAGACAGACAGCGAUAGUUGUAGUCAGGGAGAUGGAAGUUCUUAUUCAGUAGCCAUGAGUUCGGGAGUACCAGAGAGCAACGUGACAUUUACGAAAGAACCCGAAAUGGGUAGGGAGCCUUCGGGUCCGGAUCAAAGCCUUCCCGUUUCGGCGACUCCUUCUCCAAAUGUUUCUACCUCAGUCGUGACAUGUAGUACAACCAUUAUACCAAGGCUCGUUGAUGCGGGACAAGGACCAACAUCCGGAGGUGGAGGAGGAGGAGGAGGAAUCGAUAACGAAAACGGUAUCCUCAAUCCGUCCGAAUGGACCGUUGAUGACGUCGUUCAAUUUUUAAACGUCAACGAUUGUUCGGCUUAUUCGGAAAAUUUUAUUAAUCAGGGAACGGAUGGGAAAUCGUUACUUUCACUCACGAAGGAUCAAAUAAUGGACGUGAUAGGUUUUAAAAUCGGUCCGACGUUGAAAAUUUAUCAUUUAAUACAACAGUUGAAAAUAAAAUCGCAAAAGGCGAAUUUGAAAAAGAGUUAUUUGAGAUAA